AUGGCGACACCCGGGCCAGAAACACGACCGGGCCUGAAAAUAGCCCGUAUUCCUGAUCUGGUCCUUGAUUCCAAACUGAGGACUACAUUUGUCCCCAACUUGAACGAGACUAUCCACACAUACGAAGAAUCCAACCCCACCUCUAGACGGCGAGUUGUUUCUAGAACUGAGCAUUGGAAGCGACAAAAGAAGAUUGGAAGAGGAAGCUGCGGGUCUGUGUGGCUGGAAAAAUGCAUCAAAGGUAAACGGGAAACCGAUCUUCGAGCUGUUAAGAAGAUCGAGACUACUAGGCGAUUUUCCAGCAUCCAUUACAUCCAGGAAUUGGAAGCCAUAGCAAAGUUCUCGCAUUCAAGAUACGAGCGAUGUUUCGUCAAGUCAUUUGGAUGGUACGAGAGUCCCGAUGCUCUGUUCAUUGUGAUGGAGCAUCUCGAACUAGGCGAUCUAUGGCACUAUUUGUAUGAUCGACCACCGCUGCCCGUAACAGAGGCAAGGGAGAUUGCUUUUCAGAUCCUUGAGGGUCUUGUUAUGAUGCAUGAGAACGAAUUUGCUCACAGGGAUCUCAAACCGAAUAACAUUCUCGUCAAAUCUCAUCCUCCGGAUGAAUGGUGGAUCAAGAUUACCGAUUUCGGUAUCUCCAAACGCGUUGAAGAAGUUUCUGGAAUCUCUACAACCUUGAAAGGCACCCGUGGCUACAUAGCGCCCGAGCUGUACGGAUUCACCGAAAAUGGCAGCCCGUAUGCUACCGAUAUUUGGUCUCUCGGCACAAUCGUAUUCCAAUUAGUCACAAAGGAGCUUGUCUUUCCCAAGAUUCCUCCACUUGUCAAGUAUACUGAAACUGGUGUUUUUCCCCCUCGAGAAGUCGGGCUCCUCGAGGCUAAACUCAGUCAACUGGGCAUUGAUUUUGUCCAAUGUCUUAUGCGUCCCAUUCCACAAGACCGACCAACGGCAGAGACAGCUAUCGAGCUCCCAUGGAUGAAAGAAGAUUUACCACAUGAGCCGUCAUCAGGAGAGACUAAAACCACACACUCAUCCACAGAAAGGCACUUGCGUUCUCACUCUGCCGCUACCCAAGAAGAUGCCAAAGACACCCAAAUUGCUUCCCUAUCUGAGUCCACGACGGAGGAGUUUGCAAGCUUGAAUACCCGAGUGGCUUUUGCGCACCCGGGAAGUAGCAGUCCAACAAGCAAUCGGUCAUUGAAAUCUUUCAACUCAAGCACAAAUAUGACAGCAAACGAGAUCGAGACAAUCUCCCAAUUAGUAGCAGAUGAUGGGCUAAUGACUGUUUUGUCCGCGAUCAGAUCCUCAGACCUCCCCAGUUCUACAACGGGGAAAUUCUUCGGUGGGAACUAUUGGAGGAUGCCAAGUUGGAUGCAACCCCAAAGGUUCAUAAAUACUCCACCAUCUAGCACAACAACAGGCCUCAAUGAUGGUCCAGAGUUGAAAAUGGGAAAGCUGGGCAGCCUUGAAUUGUUUGGGCCCUUUCAGGGCGCUGAUUGUCCUGUCAACGCGCUUGCCUUCUCCCAUGACUCUGCACUCUUAGCAGCUGGCUUCGAUAACUCAUAUAUCCGUAUCUGGGAUUUAAUUGGGUCAAAGGACCCCCGAGACAUUCGUUCCCGAGUUAUUCGUGGCUUUGGGGGUCCUAUUUCAGCCAUGGCUACCUCUUCGCGGGAUGGUGGUUUGCUGGCAUCAUGUCCCUUGAGCAAGCCAAUCAUCCGUAUAUAUCGCUUUAAAGAAUCUACGCAAGCGACUCAUAUGGAUCUUUAUCCCGACGCGGAUUUAGAACCUUUCACUUCUCUGUCCUUCUCGCCAGAUGGUAUAUACCUGGUCGCGAUUGAUUCUGAGGGAAGAAUUACAUAUUGGAAUGUUGAGACCAGAAGAUGGCUUGGAAUGCUGGAGCAUGACAGUCCAUGCCAGGCCAUCGUUUUUUCUCCUGGUAGUCAAACUAUCAUCUCUAUCUCCCACACCAGACUCUGCCUUUGGAAUGCGAAAACAAAAACCAAGUUAGAAGAUUAUGGAAUCCCACCGAGUGCAGGACCCAUGACACUAGCGUCCACCGGUGAUACUUUCGUCACUGUCACUUGGAAAGACGCACAAUGCUUCAUUACCUGCUUUAAUCAAACAGGCGUCCCAUUACUAAACAUUCGUUCAAAUACGGUUAAAGCCCUGGCUUUAUCCCCAGCGCGAAAUGCUUUACAUGGUCAUAUGAAUGUCUCUCUAGCGAACAAUAUGCUGGCAAGUAUUGAUGAAUACGGACAUAUCGCCGUUCACAAUAUCAAUACUGGUGACAUUUACGAAUCCGAAGCCCUGGUGAAUGACCCUAAACUGCUUGCUUUCUCUCCUGACGGGAGGUUCCUUGCAUCAAGCUCUCUUGACGGGAAAGUCUGGUUAUGGAAUACUUUGCCGCUUGGGCUUUGGGGGCCACCUCAGCCCAUCUGUGAGAUGCCCGGCUAG